AUUUGUUUACCAUUUUUCUCAUCAUUAUAAAUUGCAGUCCGCACAGUCACGAAUUUCAUAAUGUUUUUUAGCAAUCAAUUUUUAAGGAAUCAGAAAUUAUAAGUUUUUUCAAAGCAAGAGCCCGAGCUUUUCAUAGUUUCCUUCAAGUUUUAAGAGUUUAAGUUGACUACAUACAGAUUUCAACACACUACACCAUGACUGAAAUCACGGAGGAGGAUUGGUUUAUUCCUGAAAAGAAGUAUGAAUAUUUGGACCACACGGCAGAUGUGCAAUUGCAUGCAUGGGGAGAUACGCUGGAAGAAGCUUUUGAACAAGUUGCCACAGCUAUGUUUGGUUACAUGACAGAGCUAGAGUACGUAGAAAUGAAGGAAGCACAUGAUAUUGAAGCUGAAGGCCAUGACAUGCUUUCUCUCCUCUUUCACUUUUUAGACGAGCUGCUCUUUCUUUUCUGUGCAGAGCCAAACAUCAUCGCUAGAAAAGUUAAGGUUCUGGAGUUUGAUAAAACUGAUUUCAAGAUAAAAGCAAGGGCUUUUGGUGAGCCAUUUGAAAUAGGCAAACAUCCUCAAGGAACUGAAGUCAAAGCAAUCACGUACUCAAACAUGCAAGUCCAUGAAAAAGAGGACAAAAGUGAGGUUUUUGUUAUUAUCGACAUUUGAUAGGAGUCACCUAAUUAUCUACAUCGAUAUUGGAAGUGUGAAGCAAGCAGCUUUCGAAGAACUGCAUUGAACAUUAAAUCUUGUGAAAGUUUGUACUUGCCCUAAGAGUUGCUCCAUAAUAUUUGACUUUUCAACGCAACUGAUGGCUGCACAAUGAGUUCCAUACAGAUACGUAUUGAAAUAUCUCAAGUUGAGAGUUCUAAACUAAGUAUUAGCUUCAUCUCCAAUUAAACGUCGACUUGAUAGGAAAUUACCAAAGUCCAGGAAUGUACCCAAAUGGUGGUGUCACACGUCCCAAGAACACUGGCAACAGUCAUAUUACCAAUUGUUAUCAUCAAUCAUUGUCUGAAAUUAUUUUUUAUUUUUUCUACACAAAAUAAUAUUUAAUUUAAAAUCCUAAUUUGGACUGAACCACUUUAUUUUAAUUUAUUUUUCCUCUGGCUUACAACUGGGGUUUGCAGUUCAUUUUUUCUGUAAUUUCAUCUUUAAUAAAAAAAUUCCACUAUUAAAA